AUGCCUGGCAAGACCUCGGAGCUGCUCCCACUGCUCCUGCUGGGGCUGGCCCUGGGCACCCAGCAGGCCCUCCCGCCGCCCUGUCCGAGCCUCGUUUACUGCCAUGGGGAGCUCCUGCACCAAGUCCAGAUGGCCAAGAUCUACAGCGAUGACAAGGAGUUUGUGGACAUGCCAAUGCGUGAGCAUCCAGACCAAGUCCUCCAGCGCUUCCGCAGUCUGUCCGCAGCCCACAACCACAGCAUCCCCCGGGACAAGGUCAAGGCGUUCGUCACUGAAUCCUUCCUGGUCAAGGGGCAGGAACUGCUGCCCUGGACCCCUGAGGACUGGAAAGAGAGCCCCCAGUUGCUGUACAAUAUCUCUGAUCCCGCCCUUCGCGCCUGGGCAGAGAAGCUGCACAAGCUCUGGAAGGACCUGGGCAAGAAGGUGAAGCCAGAGGUUGGCAUGGAGCCCGAGCGCUUCUCUCUGAUCUACUCAGAACACCCCUUCAUUGUGCCAGGAGGGCGCUUUGUGGAGUUCUACUACUGGGACUCCUACUGGGUCGUGGAGGGGCUGCUCCUGUCCGAGAUGCCCCAGACGGUGAAGGGCAUGCUGCAGAACUUCCUGCACCUGGUGCGAAGAUUCGGGCAUAUCCCCAACGGGGCUCGUGUGUACUACCAGCAACGGAGCCAGCCCCCGCUCCUCACCCUCAUGAUGAACAGCUACGUGACUCGCACCCACGACCUCACUUUCCUACGGGACAACAUCGAGACCCUAGCCUUGGAACUGGACUUCUGGGCCCAGAACAGGAGCGUGCCCGUUAGCCUGGGGGGAAAGACCUACACCCUGAAUCGCUACUACGUCCCUUUUGGGGGCCCCAGGCCAGAGUCCUACAGCAAAGACAUGGAGCUGGCAGAGACCUUGCCGGAAGGGAGCCGGGAGACUCUGUGGGCUGAGCUCAAGGCGGGGGCCGAGUCCGGCUGGGACUUCUCUUCACGCUGGCUUGUAGGAGGCCGGGACCCCGACCUGCUCAGCAGCAUCCGAACAAGCAAACUGGUGCCCGUGGACCUCAAUGCCUUUCUCUGCCAGGGAGAGGAGCUCAUGAGCAGCUUCUACAUCAGACUAGGGAACACCACCCAAGCUGAGAAGUACAGGAAACUGCGCGACCAGCGCCUGGCCGCCAUGCAGGCUGUCCUGUGGGAUGAGGAGCAGGGCGCCUGGUUCGACUAUGACCUUGACAGCGGAAAGAAGAACACAGCGUUUUACCCGACCAACCUCACUCCUCUCUGGGCCGGCUGCUUCUCAGACCCAGGAGCCCCAGACAAGGCUCUGAAGUACCUGGAGGACAAGCAGAUUCUGAACUACAAGCGCGGAGUCCCGUCCUCCCUCAAGAACUCAGGCCAGCAGUGGGACUUCCCCAACGCCUGGGCCCCCCUGCAGGACCUGGUCAUCAGAGGUAGGGGCAGGCGCACCCCAUGGGUGUGGAGGGUGUAUGACAUCAACCAAGGCCAGCCAGGUGGUGGAGGGGAGUAUGAAGUUCAGACGGGGUUUGGCUGGACAAACGGAGUGGUCAUGAUACUCCUGGACCUCUAUGGCGACCGGCUGACAUCAGGGACCCAGAUCGCGCUGCUUGAGCCCAGCUGCCUUGCAGGUGCUCUGCUGCUCAGCCUCCUCCUCACCUUCCUGCCUCAGUGA